CUGCGUUUGACAUCCGAAUGCUAAGGCAAGCCCCGAACGCUUCUCGAAGGCGGACGCGAAGGCAGACGCGAAGACGGACGCGAGCCCUGGCGCGCUCUCAAAAUCUAUCGGCUGACUCUCAGUGGUAUCACUACAGCUGUUUGCACCCUCACCCUCGCUUCCAAGCGGGGCGCGCUCCGGGAGCGCCUGUUCGAAGGAACACCCCAGGGGCAAACACGGGGGCGCUGGUCGGUGCGAUGAACGGAGAAUCGUGCCUCCCAUCGCGGGAGAGUGCAGCUGCCACGAACAGAAGAUCAAGUCUACAGGCGCCAGCUACGGAGAAUGGCGAGCUGAGUCUACAGGCAGACUCGGGCCUCGCCGCCUGCUUUCAGCAGUUCGUCGACAUCGAUUUGGCGGGAACCGCGGGCUCGGAUCUACCGUGGAACGGCUCUCUCUGUUUCAGCACCGGGUUGCCCGGCACCGUACGCUUGGAUGCCGGAGUGCCGGACCGCACUCAGCUCGCCCGACGUGACCACGAAGGCACGCCGGCUGCUGUGGGGCACCGCACAUCGAGCCUGCAAGCACACCCGGGAGCGCCGGUCGCUACCACAUGGAACGGAGAAUGGAGCCACCCACCACGCAUGAGCGCGCCAACCACUGCGCAGGACGCUGGGUGGGGCGUCCGAUAUCCCCAUGUUUUCUCUCUCACCUUAGUGUCGGCAGGAUGCUAUCGACCAUCCUACAGAUGCCUACAGCCUACAGCGAACCAAAUGAGUUGCCUGCCUGUCAGUGGGAUCGUCCUCAACCUAAUCUUCGACUACUGGGAAUGGACCAAGGUAUAACGGAGCAUGACAUCUCAGAGUACGGCGGGCAUUGCUACGAGAAAGGACUGGUAUACUGAAAGAGUGGUCGGCCCAUAUGUUUUAGUUAAGAUAGUGUAGAGUAGCUCGGAGUACGAUGUGGCCCUAAUGAGCGGCGUAGCGAGCGGAAUCUGCCCAGUGUCAGAAAUGUCAACGGACCGAAACUGAAAAGUGGAGACGCGGUCCAAAUGGUCCAAGAACACUUUGCAAUGCUUGUGGACUUGUAUACGCACGACUCGUCCAGGAUGCGAAUGUGGAGGGCGAAUACCGAGCUCCGGAACGCUCAUGAACUGGAG